AGAAAUUCCGUGACCCGGUAGUGCUUUUUUAGUGUUGCUGACAAGACACCGAUAGCCGGGUGGUUAUUAAAUGUCUGCACAGUAGCUAAUUGUUGGACAAAAACCGUCGUUACUUUUAAAACAAGUAGAGGAAUGAUAGAUAUUACCACCGGCAGUCAUGUCGUACUGCAAGCAAGAGGGUAAAGAUCGCAUUAUUUUUGUUACCAAGGAAGACCAUGAAGCGCCCAGCAACGCUGAGCUCAUUGCAGAUGACCCCAAUGACCCCUACGAAGAUCAGGGCCUGAUCCUGCCCAGUGGGGAGAUCAACUGGAACUGUCCAUGCCUGGGAGGGAUGGCUAGCGGGCCCUGUGGGACACAGUUCAAGGAGGCCUUCUCCUGCUUCCACUACAGCAAUGAAGAGGUGAAGGGUUCAGAGUGUAUUGACAACUUCCGUGCUAUGCAGGAGUGUAUGGAGAAGUACCCCGAGCUCUACCCCCAGGAGGACGAGAAUGAGGGAGCUGACGCUGCUGCCCCUCCCCUUGUUGAUUCUACUGCCCCUGUGCCCACAGAGGACUCUUCCCCAGCCUCAGUGCCCUCUAGUAACUCUACCCCGUCCCCACCAACACCUGAAUCUGCCCCGUCAUCCGACAAUACACCACCAACAGACAGCCAGGCUGCCAGCUAAAAUCACCCAGCAUCCCCCAGUCUCUCUCUUAAACCACUGCCGAGCACAGGCCACUUUCAUGGGAGAUCAGCUGUGUGUUCACUGGUGCCUCAGACUUUAUAUCUUGGUUCAACUUUCAUCACAAAGGAUAAUGACUUUAAAGGGGGGCUAGUACUGCAGAGGAGUUCUAUCUCUUCCAGGGAAUAUCAGUUAAUUCUGUGAGAGGAGGAGGCUUUAUUGUAGUGGUUGUUUGAGCUCCUGAGGUUCUUACAGUGCCAAGUUUGUAGAGGGGCGGGGGUCAGUUUCUGCAGGGGACUUUAGUUAAGACUCGCAACCAACAUAUUUUUCUGCUUAUCAAGCUUCAAAUCAGAUGUGUUGUGCCAUUCUACGUUAAUGCUACACUGGAGGUGUGUAACCUUCUGUCAAUGUUACUGUUAGUUUGUGAUUACUUGACUUCAUGUUUGUGCUUGACAGAUCUAAGCAAUUGAGCUAGUAUUAAAGCUUGAUUACUCUUGUUCUCAGUUGCUGGUCAAAGAUCAUGUGACAUGUCUGUUUUUCCCACUUAAGUUUUGUCAAAAGUCCUGAAUGUCGCUGGUGGCAGGAAGUUUUUCCACCAACCUGUAUUUUUCAGUUAAAUCUGAGUUUCAGCACAGACUACAUUGCCUCACUAUAUUAUAUAAUAGAUUUUUCCAUCAAAUGACCACCCUAAGAAAGUGGAAAUCCAUUGUGUCUAUGCAAUCAUUUCCUCUAAGGAGAGAAUGAAACACUGCGAGCCAACUGGGGUUUUGUUAUGAAGUGCAUAAUGGAGAUGUAUUUAAUGCAUACAUUUACGCAAAUCACAAUGACAUCAAUACAUGAUUUAUGUGAAAAUCUGAGAUGCAGUGAGUGUGUAAAUCUCAGGAAUCGGGCCUUUUGAGAUCCUAUUGGUCAUGUAGUGUAUGUGGACACCUCUUAAAACAUCUUCCAAAAUCAUGGGCAAAGGUGUUCAAUAGGGUUGAGGUCAGGGCUCUGUGCAGGCCAGUCAAGUUUUUCCACACCAAGCUAAACAAACCAUUUCUGCAUGGAACUCGCUUUGUAGGGUGGCAGGUAGCCUAGUGGUUAGAGCGUUGGACUAGUAACUGAAAGGUUUCAAUAUCAAAUCCCUGAGCUGACAAGGUAAAAAUAUGUCAUUCUGCCCCUGAACAAGGCACUUAACCCACUGUUCCUAGGCCGUCAUUGAACUUGCCCAGUUAAAUAAAGGUAAAAGAAAACAAAAUAGUGCAUAGGGGCAUUGUCAAGCUGAUACAGGAAAUGGCUUCCCCAAACUGUUACCACAAUGUUGGAAACACAGAAUCGUCCAGAAUGUCAUUACAUAGUGUCGCGUUAAGAUUUCCCUUCACUGGAACUAACGGGCCUAGCCUGAACUGUGAAAAACAGUUGGUGCUAUGCAUUGGGGCAGGUAGCGAACUCCUGGCAUCUGCCAAAACCAGAUUUGUCUAUCGGACUGCCAAAAGGUGUAGUGUGAUUAUCACUACAGCGAAUGAGUUUCCACUGCUCCUAAUGUCCAAUGGCGGCGAGCUUUACACCACUCUAGCCGAUUCUUGGCAUUGUGUGCUGCUAAUAAAUGGCCAUGGAAACCCAUUUCAUGAAGCUCCCGACGAACAGUUAUUUUGCUGACGUUACUUCCAGAGGCAGUUUGGAACUCGGCAGUGAGUGUUACAACCGAGGAUGGAUUAAUUGGCGGUCCCGUUCUGUGAGCUUGUGUGGCCUACCACUUCAUGGCUGAGCCGCCGUUGCUCCUAGAUGUUUCCACUUCACAAUAACAGCACUUACAGUUGACCAGGACAGCUCUAGCAGGGUAGAAAUUCGACGAGCUGACUUGUUGGAAAGGUGGCAUCCUAUGAAGGUGCCACAUUGGAAGUCACUGAGCUCUUCAGUAAGGCCAUUCUAAUUCCAAUAUUUGUCCAUGAAGAUUACAUGGCUGUGUGCUCAAUUUUAUACACCUGUCAGCAAAGGUAUGACUGAAAUAGCCUAAUCCGCUAAUUUGAAUGGGUGUACGCAUACACUAUAUACACAAAAGUAUGUAUUUUCUAGUUAGAGGGUUCUGAAAGGCCAAAUAUGUUUGGUGCUGGCUGCUUUUAUCAACAACUCCUGUUCUUAUGAAGAAAGGCUGGUGAGUGUAUAUAUACAGUUGCAUCUAGACAGGUGCAAGGCAAUCAUUGUACAAAAACGAUUUAGUCAAUGUUGAAAUUGUGCAAAGCUUGAGUAUCCAUCCACAGGCGCUUCCUUCACCUGCUUUUAAAACAUAAUUUAAACCUUAAUGGACUGCUACUCCUAUUUAACCUCUCCUGAUUAAAGUUAAUACUGAA